CAUUCACGAACACAUCUUCACUUUGUCGAAUCGGGGUGUUAGUUUUGUUGCUGCCUUUACGGUGACAUUUGGUGUGUGUAUUUGCAGCCCUCACAGUUCGUUCAUUGCCUUGCUUCCCCGCACCGCACGGGGUCAGCAGAACUGCCUGUGUACCUCCUUCCAGGUACCGUCCCCAGCCUGCCGCGCUUCAAGAUCUCCGGCAGGCAUCAGAGUACCCUCCUCCGAAACCUUCUCCCAAAAGCUACAACGCCCCGAACCCAUUUUUCCCAUUUUUCCCUUUCCAUCUUCGCUUCAUCGGACUUAUCAUACCAGUAAAAUAAAACGGCCGAGGGCUGAGCUAUCUCUGUUGUGUUACAGCAGCGAGAGGAAAAAAGGGAAAAAAGAAAGAAAAAGAAGGGAAAAAAAGAAAAGGCUCUUUUCUCCCUCGUGCUGCUAAACUACGCCUGCCUGGCUAGGUUUUGCUGGUCCCGCACCGCACCGGUCAUCCGAGCCUCACCCGUUGCGAGACCGUCUUUUCUUCGUCGACUGAGCUCUCUUCCUUCCACAAGUGCUGUCCGAUUGCGCAUUAUCCAUAGCGUUGAAGGGGUACCGGUACAGUGUUCUGCGCUAUUAUCUUGCAUGCUUGGUAACGCGCCUACGAGACAUUCAUCACGGUUCCCUCCUCCCUCUUCCCACAGUCAUCCGCACACGGGCCGCCCGCUGUUUUACCCGCCCAUACCCCGUCGCCACGGCGUCCAUAGUUCAUCUCUUCGACCAUCUUUCUCUCCAAGUCCAUCGCGCUUGGGCCAUGGACGAAAUGGAGAUCGCUUCGUCUGCUUCUUCCCGCGGGCCCGAGAUCCUCUCCAAUCCCGUGAUCAUUGAAUCCAUUCUUCCGGCCCUUGAGCAUAUGAAUGAUAUACUCUCCCUUUUACUUGUUUCUCGCCAAACCUACCUGCUUGUCAACCCCCUGCAUCCGUUUUCUGCUCGCAAACUAUCGUUCGCAGACCUUGCGCAUGUUAAGAAUAGGCAUAUCAUUGAGUUCCUGUAUCGUCCACUUGGGGGCGUUCAGAUAAAUAGUAGACGUCGGCUGCUUGAAGAUGGCCGUACGGUAACUGUUUCUGGAGGUUUAGAGAAGGGGUAUGUUGGUGCCUGGAGGUUCCUCAAUAGCAUCGACCUGUCCGGAACCGGUAUAACCACCAGGCUUGUCAAGCUCCUCAUCGCUGCCACGGCUGGUGGAAAGAUCCCUGGACUUCUUCCCGAUAGAUCCUUGGAUCGAGCUCCGACAAACGAGAUGGAACAUGAUACCUACACCAGUAGAACAGGGCUCUUCUCCAAGGAGUUUGAGUCCAUAUCAGGGGGCGCAUACAGGCUACUCGCUGAUCAGUCCUUGCGUCUUGAGAAGUUGUGUGUGACCGGUUGCCCGGGGGUUGAAAUUGGGGAGAUAAACUCGUUUCUUAAAAAGAUCCUCGUUGUUGUGACCGCUCCCAAACGGAGGGAAUUGAGGUUGAAGGCUACUCAACAGCUUGCAGCGGCUCAGCAGCAGCAAAACGGGGGUAACGCGGGUGCGGCAACUAACAAUGCGGGCUUUGCUGCUAUCCAGCAAAACCCCCAGGUCCAUGCACAGGCGCAAGCACAAGCACAACAACAGAAUGAGGAUCUUAGUACUGUCCCCUCUCCGCUUCCCGCGACUGUCGAAGAGCUCGAGGAGUUUGGGCUCCCAUGUUUAUCGUUGAGACGGCUUGAGCUAGCUAAUGUGGCUGGUCUAUACGUGGACCCUCCUGAGAAGUAUAGAGGGAAAAAGGAAUGGCAAUAUGCUAAAGAGUGUCCAUUCGGGAGAAAUGUUGGAGGGCUGAAUUCUAUUGCGGGAUGUCUGGGGAUUGAUGUCGAUGUGCUCUUCUGCCAGGGUGCGGGCUGCGCUACUAGUUUUGAUAAUUCAAGGUGGAGACUCUCGCAUGCUGAGGGCGAGGAGACGCACUUUAUAUAUGAUGACGAAUUUGAUGUUUCCACUUUAGCCUCUAACCCAAACAACCAGACGGAGAAUCUUUCACAGGCGUCUGGCAGCAGUGCCGCCGCCGGCAUGGCGGGGGAUAGUUCUCAUCAUAAUAAUGGAUCCAGGAACCCGCGCAAGACCUAUCACUACCCUCUACCAAGACUUCCGGGCGAGCGUAUACUUAUCCUAGAUGAUGGAAGGGUAUUUAGGAUUCCCAGGCAUGCUAUCCCAGCCCCACCGACAGCCCAACAACCUCAGCAACAGCAGAAUGUUCCAGCGCCAGUAGCCCCAGCCCAACUUUUGGCUGCUCCAGGCCUGGGCCAAGGCCAAGGUAAUGCACUCAACGUUGGUCCCGGUGGUGGCGGAGGUGGAGCUGCGGUGGGAGGGGUGGCUGGAGGUGGGGGUGGUAUCGCUCCAAGCAAUUCUCAGGGGUGGUCUGCUGGACAGUUUCUACAGGAUCCUGCACAGUAUGGUCUGGGUGCGGUGGGGAGUGCAAUGCCAAAUACUAGCGCGCUAGCCCACAUAUCGCAGAUAGCGGGAUUGCAUGGUAUUCAAGGCCUAACAGCUGUCGCCGAUGCGGCAUCACAGAUAAUCACUGGGGGCGGGACAGGAGCACCAGACGAUCCCGCAACGCUUGGCCAACAGCAGGGGCAGCCUCCCCUGACUCCGAGCCCCGCGACCGAUGGUGUGCUCUCUCCGAAUAGUUCACCAGAUACACCGGCCGCGGGCCCAUCCGCGACAGCUACCGCCCAGCCAGCCAACACCCCUGGCGACGUGGCGAACGCGAGUCCAGGUGAUGGAAUGAACACCGCCCUUCUAGACCUGAUGGCAGCAGUUCAAGCCAGCACGCCACCCUUCGGCCCGACGUCAGCAGACCCCAGCUCUCCAGGGGGAGGCAUAGCCCCAGCAGCCACUGGCGUUGGUGGAUUUCUACCUCAGAUCCCCCACAACCACCAAAACAUCUUUGCGCAAAGCAACUUUGCCCAACAGCAGCAACCAAUGGCCCAAGCAAAUAUGCAUAACCACUUCCAUCACCCUGCUAUACCUCCCCCCCCUCAGCAAACUCACAACCAAAAUCAGCCAGCCCCAGGCAUAGGAGUCUCGCUCGGACCUCGGCGUCGCAAUAACUCCCCGGGAGGUAGGACCGGUAGUGGGGCUGCGGCUGGUAGGCCUGGACGUAGGAUUGCAAUGCUAGAUGGGCCAAGGGGUUUGUGCGAAGGUUGCGGUAGGGAGGUCUGGCUUUGCGAGAAUUGUAAUAGGUACUGGGUCGUUACGUGUGGUGGGUGUGCUAGUCGCGUCUGAUUUUUUCCCCUCAACCGUCCCGUUCUUUCUGCCAUCAAAAACGAUAAACGCGCUAGCUUUCAAGAAGGUAUAAUAAUAGUCCUUUACUUGCCAUCUCUUUUUUCUUUUCUUCCUUUCUUCUACUCUCCUUGAUUUGAAGUGAUGAUGAAACACAAAAAAAAGGUUUAUUUCUCGCUUCUCCGGAAAUGUCAUUUUGUUUUUGUUUGCUCCCCACAGCUAUCAUUUCCGCAGGGGAUUUGUCUACUUCUCCCUCAUUUCCUCCCCAGCCACAUUAAAAUUGGCGCUGGAUACUGUGUAUCUUGUUUUCUGUUCGUCUGUUUUUCUCUCAUUUUCUUGGCACCAUAAUUCGUGAGUUGCCUUAUGUGUAAAACUACUGAUGGCGAAAACUCACACAUGUAUGAAAAAAAGGAGUCUCCCAGUUAUGCUGGUGGGGAUUGCACGUUGCCUUUUCUUUUUCUCUUUUUCCUUUGUUCGUGUUCUUUAAUUUCUUAGAUGGGAAUCGGGAGUUGGGUUCUUUUUUUCAUCAUAUUUUUUUUCUUUUCUCAUUCUACUUUUUGAACCCUCUGGAUUGUAGUUAAGUUGGGUUAGUCUCCGUGGGAUUGACCGAUCGAUUGGAUGGAUGGAUGACUCAAUGAAACUGCGCAUUUGCUAUGG